UUUCAUUACAAGAUGUUGGUGUGGUCAAUCAUAUUAUUUUCGGUGGUCGGACUAGCCAACCCUGCACCAGUACCGAACGUGCCGUUCUUUGGAUUCCCAUUCCCAGGUGGUAACGUGGAGUCUUUGUCCACAUCGUCUCAUUCAUCCUCCUCUUCUUCCUCGGCGUCGUCGCAAUCCUCUUCGUCUUCGUCUAGGUUCUCCUCUGGUUUGUUGCCGGUAGUGUUGCAACCGGCGAUUGCCGUAGGCCAAGGACUCACAAACAUAUUUUCCGUCGGACAGGGAGGCGCAAAUUCCCAGUCCAAUAUAGUAAAGUUUUAUGGCAAUGAGAACUUGAACGCCAACUCGCAAGGCCGUUUCGGAAAUGUUGAAUCUUCCGCCGGACAGAUCGGCUUGACUAAUGCAAAUACCAAUUUCAAUACGGGAUUCUCGGAAGCAAAUACGAACCUGAACGUGAACGCGCAAUCCAUCGGGCAAAGUAGCAGCCUGCUUCAAAACCAACAGAACUUGAACGCUCAGCAAUUUUCGAACGCCGGUAUUCAGCAGGGAGUUUCCGUUAUUCAAGGUUCUGGAGCUCUCGCGAAUGCUGGACAAAACCAAAAUCAGGGAUUGAAUCAAAAUAACGGAGCUGACAACUUGGGUGGAAAGAUAAGUUACUACGCCCAAAGCGGACCCGUAGUACACAUUGUCAGAGCUGACAAUGAUCUCGGCGUUACAGGAUCAGGCAACAAUCAAGGAUCUGGAUCUGUCAAUGCCGCUGGAGCCGUUGUCAAUGCGGGUCAAGUUGGCAGUCAAUUUUUUCAGGGGAGCCAGAACAGCGGAUCUUAUGCGAACGCUGCAAACCAGGAAUUCGAACACGCCGACGCCGAUAAGUUAGAUUUUGUGGGAACAAACACUGGCUAUAGUAAUCUCGACACGGCUGUGACAGGCGAACAGACCCAAUUCGAUGGAGCUUCUUCCCUCGAUGUAGCCAACAUUGGUCAAGCCGGAGGACACCAGAGUUCUUCAUCCUUCUUUGAAACUAGCUCAAGCGGAAGCUUCGGCGGUUCCGAAUCUAAAAGCAGAUACGCUGGAAAUCCGUUUCUCAAUUCUCCACGUCAUUUCUCAUCCGGAUCUUCUGGAGCUGUCAACACGAACACUGCCGAAGUGAACGUUAACGCUGGAACGAACAUCAAUUUGAACACGAAUACUGAUAACUCUGGCUCUUAUUCCGAGACGAAUGUCAACAUGAAUACAAACACUGCCGGAGUGAACGUUAAUGCUGGAACGAACAUCAAUUUGAACACGAAUACUGAUGACUCUGGCUCUUAUUCCGAGACGAAUGUCAACAUGAAUACAAACACUGCUGAAGUGAAUGUUGAUGCUGGAACGAACACAAAUACUUAUGACUCGGGCUUUUAUACCGAAACGAAUGACAACGCCGAAGUGAACGUUAAUGCUGGAACGAACACAAAUACUUAUGACUCGGGCUUAUAUACCGAAACGAAUGACAACGCGAAUACAAACACCGCCGAAGUGAACGUUAAUGCUGGAACGAACACAAAUACUUAUGACUCGGGCUUAUAUACCGAAACGAAUGACAACGCCGAAGUGAACGUUAAUGCUGGAUCGAACACAAAUACUUAUGACUCGGGCUUAUAUACCGAAACGAAUGACAACGCGAAUACAAACACCGCCGAAGUGAACGUUAAUGCUGGAACGAACACAAAUACUUAUGACUCGGGCUUAUAUACCGAAACGAAUGACAACGCGAAUACAAACACCGCCGAAGUGAACGUUAAUGCUGGAACGAACACAAAUACUUAUGACUCGGGCUUAUAUACCGAAACGAAUGACAACGCGAAUACAAACACCGCCGAAGUGAACGUUAAUGCUGGAACGAACACAAAUACUUAUGACUCGGGCUUAUAUACCGAAACGAAUGACAACGCGAAUACAAACACCGCCGAAGUGAACGUUAAUGCUGGAACGAACACAAAUACUUAUGACUCGGGCUUAUAUACCGAAACGAAUGACAACGCCGAAGUGAACGUUAAUGCUGGAACGAACACAAAUACUUAUGACUCGGGCUUAUAUACCGAAACGAAUGACAACGCCGAAGUGAACGUUAAUGCUGGAUCGAACACAAAUACUUAUGACUCGGGCUUAUAUACCGAAACGAAUGACAACGCGAAUACAAACACCGCCGAAGUGAACGUUAAUGCUGGAACGAACACAAAUACUUAUGACUCGGGCUUAUAUACCGAAACGAAUGACAACGCGAAUACAAACACCGCCGAAGUGAACGUUAAUGCUGGAACGAACACAAAUACUUAUGACUCGGGCUUUUAUACCGAAACGAAUGACAACGCCGAAGUGAACGUUAAUGCUGGAACGAACACAAAUACUUAUGACUCGGGCUUAUAUACCGAAACGAAUGACAACGCCGAAGUGAACGUUAAUGCUGGAUCGAACACAAAUACUUAUGACUCGGGCUUAUAUACCGAAACGAAUGACAACGCGAAUACAAACACCGCCGAAGUGAACGUUAAUGCUGGAACGAACACAAAUACUUAUGACUCGGGCUUAUAUACCGAAACGAAUGACAACGCGAAUACAAACACCGCCGAAGUGAACGUUAAUGCUGGAACGAACAUAAAUUUGAACACGAAUACUGAUAACUCUGGCUCUUAUUCCGAGACGAAUAUCAAUGCGAAUACAAACAUCGCCGAAGUGAAUGUUGAUGCUGGAACGAACAUCAAUUUGAACACGAAUACUGAUAACUCGGGAUCUUAUUCCGAGACGAAUGUCAACAUGAAUACAAACACUGCCGAAGUGAAUGUUAAUGCUGGAACGAACAUCAAUUUGAAUACCAAUUCUGGUGACGCAAAUUCUCAUUCCGAAGUGAAUCUGAAUUCUGCCACUGCUGUAACCUCUUAUACACAUGAUGCGAAUGUGAUUAAGAAUAAUGGAGCGUCUGAGGCCGUGAGCAUCGGUGGCAAUACUGCUGGUGUGAGUCAAGUUAUCAAAAACUUUCAAUCGGGCACGGAAAUAUCUAAAUCCUUGAGCAACGUCCAAGGCCAACAGCGGCCCAAUACGGAAUUUGGCACAUUUGAAGCAAAGUUUCAGCAGAGUAGCAGCUCUGGCACUGGCUCCAGCAAAUCAGCGUCUCGCAACAGCAGCUUUUCAGUUUCAAGUUUUUCUGGAAAUCCUCUCCCUGGUGAUAAGCUGCAAUCGACAUGGUCAACUUCGGUAGUGGGUUCAAAAAGCACGGGAGGCAGCCGUUUCUCGGGAAUCACAGGCCAGCAACAAGUGAAUCUACAUGUUAAUCCGCUUUUGAGUUCUGUCACUCGAAAUACAGGCUCCAUUGUUUCUACUUCCAUAAUGACUCCAUCGGGGUCCCAAACCCGGUACGUCAACUAUGGAGGAAACUUAGGACAAAGUUUGAAUGAGAAAUACGGAAGCGGAGUUAACAUUUUAGUAACUGGCCCCGUUGAUCACGGAGUAGGACGUUUUGUGACCAGUCAGAUUGGCAACAUCAAGAAUCCUGGUACAAUUGUGCUACCCAACAUCGUGAGAUCUCCGGGUUUUACUACCAAUCUGUUUGGUUGAACGCUUUGAUAUCUACAAUGUGCGUACUCGUAGGAAGGAGAAUAUACCUUAUAAGAGAAAGCCCAUAUAUAGGGACGGCUAAUUUUGUAUUGCUAUGUUUUAAACGCAUUACGACGAUCUUCAUCUAAAAUUCCCAAGAUCCAGAUCUUGACAUUCCUGGGUAAGAAUUCGGAACAGGACCACUAGUUCCUAUCCAACACAGCACUUUCAUUUUGUUUUUCAAUAACGACAAUUAUUUGAGCUCUGAAAAAUGUAUGAGAAAGUUUCUAAUACAAUACCUACAAUCCAAGUAAUGUAAGAUUCUGGCCGAUAUACGUAUUAAUCAUAACUGAAUCGGGCUAAGAGCCAAGUAUCGUUGUACGUCAGUACGUUACUUUACAUGCCAUUAAUGUCAUAUAAUCGCUAACAACUGUGAGUUUUGUAAUUUUUCUAAAAUUGGGCGUAGGCUAAGAAUUUGGCGGUCCAGGUUUAUGCGCGUAUUGUUCAGCCUAUGUAUCAAACUGUGCAGAACACUUCGUGUGGUCUAACAUGUUUUUAUUUCCUGUAUAACCGCUAAGUGAAUAUAGAAAUAGUACAUUUAGUUUCUAAACCACACAAUAAAUAGACAUUUAUGCAUGGCUUUCACCGAAUAUUCUUCAUUUAUUGACCACUUCUCAAGUCGCAUUCAGGGAGCCAGGCGUAAUUCAGUCACAACCAUC